AUGUACGCCCACCUCUUCCCCCCUUCCUACAUCUGCCACUCCCCCCAAGCCUGCCGCCUCCUCGACCUAAACCCCGACGACCACCACCGCCGCGAAUUCCCCCUCUACCUCUCCGGCCAGCGCACCCUCCCCCGCACGCGGCCGUGGGCACACAACUACGGGGGGCACCAGUUUGGGAUCUACGCGGGGCAGCUCGGCGACGGGCGGUGUAUCUCCCUCGGCGAGAUCGUGAAUCAGCGUGGAGAGAGGUGGGAAUUGCAGCUGAAGGGCGCGGGCCGGACACCGUACUCGCGCUUCGGUGACGGCCUGGCCGGCUUGCGGAGCUCGUUGCGUGAAUUCCUGGCGAGCGAGUACAUGGCGGCGUUAGGGAUCCCGACCACGCGCGCUCUCUCUGUCGUCGCGACGCAUCUGCCGGUGUAUCGCAGCGACCCGGACCAGCCGGAAGUGAGCGCGGUGCUGGCGCGGCUGGCCGGGUCGUGGGUGCGGUUUGGCCAUUUUGAGCUGGUGCAUUAUAGGAAUGAGAAGGAGUUGGUGAAGCGGUUGGCGGAUCAUGUUAUUAAGCAUCACUUUGCGGAGUUGUUGCCGAAGGCUAAUGUGAAUGCUGCUGUUGGGGCGGGGACGGCCGCUGUCGACGUCAAACUCAACAAGUACGCGCGGUUCUUCCAGGAAGUGAUCCGCCGCACCGCCGAUCUGGUCGCGCAUUGGCAGAGUGUGGGGUUCGUGCACGGGUGUUUGAAUACCGACAACAUGUCAAUCCUCGGCCUCACCCUCGACUACGGCCCCUUCGGCUUCCUCGACGCCUACGACCCCUUCUGCACCAUCAACGCCUCCGACCACGCCUCCCGCUACUCCUUCGAACAACAACCCAAAAUCGCCCUCUGGAACCUCUCCAAGCUCGGCCGGACGCUGGCGCAACUCAUCGUCCCGCCCCCUGCGAGUGAUAAUAGCAGCAGGAGCGGCAAACGGCCGGUGUACCGCGUGCAAACGAGUCUUGUGGGCGAGCAUGUCGUGAAGGGGGAGGAGGUCGUCAGGGAACUGUUGAAGGAGUUUGAGGGCCGGUUUGUGGAGACUUGGGCUGCGUUGAUGGGGAAGAAACUAGGCCUAACUACCCCCCUCGACACCGACCUCCCAACCCUAAUCAAUCCGCUCCUCGAGCUCCUCUCCGACACACAGGCUGACUAUACACUCUUCUUCCGGUCCCUCUGCUCUUUUCCCUGCGACGAGGCCGGAAACACAGACGAGACCACAAACCGACGGCACCCGAACACCAGCACCGACUCCCUCGCCUCCACAUCCUCUGGGCGGGCGAGCACAUCCACAUACGACGAAGACGAUUUCCCACCCGUGGACGAAGUCGUGGCGGCGUGGCGGGACUGGGCGGGGUCCUACCGUGCGCGGUUACUUUCCCAACUGCCCCCAGGCGGGGAUGGGUCCGAAGACGCUGUGAAGCGCGCCGAUGAAACCCGGCACGCGGCGAUGCGGAAAGUGACCCCGAUGUAUGCGCUCCGCGGGUAUAUACUGGACGAAGUGGCCGAGAAAGUCAUCGCGGCCGUCAAACCCGACCCCACCAACAUCAACCCAACACCCGCACAAACAUCACAUCCCCAACAACGCGUGCGCUCCGCAUCCAUCUCGGGUUCCAUACCCCUAUCGGCGGCCGAGUUGGGGGUGGGGAGAGAGGUGGAGCGGUGUAUGCGGGUGCUCGUUGGAGAUGUGUGGGGGGAUGUUGCGGAGGGUAAGGGCGGGUGGAAGGGGGAGGAGGAUCGGGAGGUUGCGGGGAGGUGGAGGGGGGAGCCGCCUUUGGUGAGUUUGGAUUUGGCGUUCACGUGCGUUUUUUUGGUGAUUGACUGUUCGUUGAUGUUGGCGUUCGCAUUUUCCUUUAGUCGGCGGUGA